AUGUCUGUUGUGCAUCAGCUGUCAUCAGGAUGGCUACUGGAUCAUCUUGCCUUCAUCAAUAACAUUGAUUACCAACUCUGCCAGCACUGUGAGCCAACUUCCAAUAAAACCAUGCCCAUCUCAUCUCCUCACUGUGGUUCUCUUAAUGUAACUUCUACACUGCCUAUUGAACUUUCAGCUACAUCAAAGGUCUAUGAGCUUGUCACAAAACCAGAGACUGAAGAAAGAGAAAAAAAUAAAGUGUUGAUGCAAAAAUAUACAUUUCGAGCUGAACUGUUUAAUGUUACUAAACCCUAUGUAACUACAGCUGAUUGCACAGCAUUCCGGCAAGGAAAUAAAGUGGAGACUCAAAAGAAUAGUAGUAUCAACAGUUUCAACUGUGAAAAUCAAGAAUGUGUUAAAGACCAAGAUUCUGUUUCUACUGUUAGGAAGAAAAACAAAAGAUCUAUUACAUUCAAUCAAGGUGAAUUGGAUGCUAUGGAAUACCAUACAAAAAUCAGGGGGUUGAUUUUGGAUGGCACCACACAAUUAGUCCAAGAGGGUCUGAAAAGUGGUCUUCUUUGCUCCCUUUCAGAAGAACAGGAAAAUGAUAACAGAACUACUACUAUGGAACUUGGUAGCUAUGGUUUGGCAGAACUAUGUGACAUGGCUAAGCAGUUGCCUUUGCUGAAUGAAAAUGAACUUGAGGCAGUACAGUUGAUAGAUGCAGAUAUUUCUGUUCCAGAACAGGAUGUAUUUUCACGAAUUACCCAAAACAGCUCAAACUUUACAAGGAUGAUUAUUCUAAUGGGACAGAAAUACCUGUUGCCACCAAAAAGCAGCUUCCUUUUGUCUGAUCUUUCUUGUAUGCAGCCACUUCUGAAUUAUGGAGAAAAAUAUGAUGUAAUUGUGAUUGAUCCACCAUGGCAGAACAAAUCUGUUAAAAGAAGCAAAAGGUACAAUUAUUUGUCUUCUUGGCAAAUAAAACAAAUACCUAUCCCCAAAUUGGCUGCUCCAAACUGUCUUGUGAUUACUUGGGUCACCAAUCGACAGAAGCACCUACACUUUGUAAAGGAUGAACUUUAUCCCUAUUGGUCUGUGGAAACACUUACUGAAUGGCACUGGGUGAAAAUCACCAGGUCAGGAGAGUUUGUGUUCCCAUUAGAUUCUCCACACAAAAAACCUUAUGAAGGUCUAGUCCUGGGGAGAGUUCGAGGAAAAAUGGUUUCAACCUUAAGGAACCCAGAGAUGAAAGAGCUUCCAAUUCCAGAACAUAAAUUAAUUGUCAGUGUUCCCUGUACCCUUCAUUCACACAAACCACCUCUCACGGAAGUUCUAAAAGACUAUAUUGUGCCAGAUGCCAAAUGUUUGGAACUGUUUGCUCGAAACUUACAGCCUGGAUGGACUAGCUGGGGAAAUGAAGUUCUUAAAUUUCAGCAUGUUGAUUAUUUCAUUACUCCAGAGACUAGAAACUGA